GGCAUCAUCAGAUGGUCGGCGUAUUUUAUUUUAACAAUUCUACAUUAAUUGCUAUCAGAUGCCAAUUGCAACAACAAAAGACACAUAUCUUGAAAGACAUCUUCCUCUUCUCGGCACGCUUUUGGGCUUUCAUCUUGAGGCAAUUAGGAGCAGAUUCGCCAGUCAGCAUGCCAUAAAUGACAACAGAUAUCCCAGGAUCAGUGAAUUUACCCGGGGCUCCAAUGGCCGCAGGACAGGUGAGAAUGGCAGGACCUAUGCCGGCACGUGGAGGAAAACGACGGUCAGGAAUGGAUUUUGAUGAUGAAGAUGGUGAGGGGCCAAGUAAAUUUUCAAGAGAGAAUCACAGUGAAAUUGAAAGACGUCGGAGGAAUAAGAUGACACAGUACAUCACAGAGCUGUCCGACAUGGUUCCCACCUGCAGUGCCCUCGCACGCAAACCUGACAAGCUCACCAUCCUGCGCAUGGCUGUGUCCCACAUGAAGUCCAUGAGGGGGACAGGAAAUAAAUCCACGGACGGAGCUUAUAAGCCUUCCUUCUUAACAGAACAGGAGCUGAAGCAUCUCAUACUGGAGGCUGCAGAUGGAUUCCUGUUUGUGGUGGCUACCGAGACUGGCCGAGUCAUCUAUGUGUCGGAUUCAGUCACCCCUGUAUUGAACCAACCGCAGUCAGAGUGGUUUGGGAGUACGUUGUAUGAGCACACACACCCCGAUGACAUUGAGAAGCUCCGAGAGCAGCUGUGCACAUCAGAGAAUUCCAUGACAGGCCGUAUCCUAGACCUUAAAACAGGCACAGUGAAGAAGGAAGGGCAGCAGUCUUCUAUGCGAAUGUGCAUGGGCUCCAGGCGCUCAUUCAUCUGCAGGUUGAGGUGUGGCAAUGCUCCCCUGGAUCAUUUACCUCUGAACAGAAUUAGCACAAUGAGAAAAAGAUACAGGAAUGGCCUAGGACCAGUGAAGGAGGGAGAAGCACAGUAUUCUGUGGUUCACUGCACUGGGUACAUUAAAGCUUGGCCUCCAGCAGGAAUGACGAUCCCCGAAGAAGACGCUGAUGUGGGCCAAGGGAGCAAAUACUGUUUGGUGGCAAUUGGGAGACUACAGGUGACAAGUUCUCCAGGUUGCCUAGAUAUGAAUGGAAUGUCUCUUCCCACUGAAUUCCUAUCACGUCACAAUACUGAAGGAGUCAUCACGUUUGUUGACCCCCGGUGCAUCAGCAUCAUUGGUUAUCAACCACAGGACCUUCUUGGAAAAGAUAUAAUUGAAUUCUGUCAUCCAGAAGACCAGAGUCAUCUCCGUGAAAGUUUUCAACAGGUGGUGAAAUUAAAAGGCCAGGUGUUAUCAGUUAUGUAUCGAUUCCACACCAAGACUCGGGACUGGAUGCUCCUUCGUACCAGCAGUUUCACCUUCCAGAACCCAUAUUCAGAUGAGAUUGAGUAUAUUAUUUGUACCAACAGUAAUGUAAAGCAGGUUCAACAGCAGCAGGCUGAACUCGAAGUUCAUCCAAGGGAUAGUUUAUCCUCCUAUGACUUGUCGCAGGUGCCUGUUCCUAACCUUGCAGCAAAUGUACACGAAGGAGGAAAAUCUGUUGUUGAUAAGCCAGAUCCAAUCUUUUCGCAGGAUCGGGAUCCUCGUUUUGCCGAGAUGUUUGCUGGAAUAACUGCCUCUGAGAAAAAGAUGUUGUCAGCAUCAGGCAGUGGGGCUCAGCAGCUUUAUUCGACAGGCAGCCCCUUCCAGACCGGACACAGUGGAAAGUCAUUCAGUUCUUCUGUGGUCCAUGUGACUGGAGUGAAUGAAAUUCAGUCUCCUUCAGCCACCGGGCAGACUCUAAGUCAAAUCUCUCGGCAGAUGAAUGCUGGGCAGGUUUGGACGGGAAGUCGCCCACCCUUUCAAGGGCAGCAAAUCCCUUCUCAGACUAGCAAAGCCCAAUCAUCCCCUUUUGGAAUUGGAACAAGUCACACGUAUACAUCAGAUCCGUCCACAUACAGCCCACUGUCCAGCCCGGCAACAUCUUCCCCCAGUGGCAAUGCCUAUUCAAGUUUAGGAGGAAGAAGUGCCGCAUUUACAGAGACAGGACAGAGCAGCAGCCAGUUCCAGGGCCGUGCCUCUGAAGUUUGGUCCCAGUGGCAAAGUCAGCAUCAUAAUCAACCAAGCAGCGAACAGCAUCCUCACCAGCAACCAGCACAAGCAGAGGUGUUCCAGGACAUGCUCCCAAUGUCUGGUGAUCCCACCCAAGGAACUGGCAAUUAUAACAUUGAAGACUUCGCUGACCUUGGGAUGUUCCCCCCUUUUUCUGAGUAAAGUCUUCAGAUGAGCCACAUUCUUUCUGUCAUUUUCCUUCCUGCAGCUUUGUAAUGGUACAACAGUGCGGAGAGAACAGUACAAAGAGCUGGGUCCUGCACUCAGUACGCUUCAGUGGGGAAUUAUAUGCACUAUUUAUCUGUGCUCUUCACCUGUCCAACGAAAGGCUUUUGAGAGCUCCACAAAAGAUUUCAGCACCAAAGUUACACAAGUCUUAAUUCUUAAUUCAUGGACACUUUCGUAUCUGGUUGUACUACAACUGUACCAGCAGGGGGUUGAAUUAAUGAGCUAGCAGCUAAUAUAUAGAUGUAUCAUUGCUAUACAAAUCAUCAGGAUGCUUGACCAAUGACUGUUUCAUAUAACAAAAAGUCUCAAUAAAGUUAAUAUUCAGCAGAGACUUGAGGUUUCUUAAAUUCCCACACAUACUGGUUCUCACUCACAGUACGAGAUGGCCUUAUUGAAUCUGACAGUCUUCGUCCCAGGUUCAUUAAACUGAACUAUUGAUCCAAAUCAAGUCACAUGAUGAUGAUGAUGAUUAUGAUGAAGCUGUCUCUAACAGAAAAGUGAGGGUGUACGUAGAGUUUAGGAGAGGAGAACCCCUAUCUGCAGUGGAAUUGAAAGCCUUUACAUAGCUUUGAGGUGACCAUUCUUGGUUGCUCUUUGUUAGACCAUUACAUUGGAGUGACACGUACUGUAAAAACUGUGUAUUUUGUACUACUGAAUGUUCUGUAUUAAUCCAUGCAGUAUGUAUAAUAUAACUGUGCUACAUUCUGCUAAUGACAUUUCAAUAAAGAGUGACUGUGGCCUCAA